GGCAGGAUGAGCGACCCGGCCGUGUGCUGCUUCCUCACCAGGGCGCUGUGCGCGCAGGGCGGGCGGCUGGGGCUGCCGGAGCUGCAGCAGCACGCCGGGCUGUCGGCCCCGCAGCUGGCCGAGACGCUGGCGGCGGCGGGCCCCCGGCGCUUCCUGAUGCUGCGCGGCGGCGCCGAGGUCCUGGCCGUGUCGGACGUGCGGGUCUGCCCCCGCAAGGAGUGCGACGGCGGCUGCGAGCGGCUGCACCUCUGCAAGCAAAACCUCAUGGGCAAGUGCCACCUGGGGCCCAGCUCUUGCAAGUACUCACAUGACAUCACCAAUGCUGAGAACAAAAAAGUUCUAAAAAAACAUGAUUUGUCUGGCCUCAGUGAGAAUGAGCUGCGAAUCCUGCUUCUUCAAAACGACACUUUCUUCCUCCCUGAUACCUGCCGGUUUUACAACAAAAAAGGUGAUGUCUGCAUGCAGCAAAACAACUGCAACAAGCUUCAUGUUUGUCGACAUUUUCUCCAGGGGGAAUGUAGAUUUUUAACAUGCAUGAGGUCCCAUAACCUCUUGGAUGGCCAUGCACUGAGAGUGUUGGAAACUGGAGGCAUUGAUAGGAAAACAGCUUCGAACCUCCAGAUUAUAUAUGAUUAUAAGCACAUGGAGUUCCACAGGGAACUGAUGAAGGGAAAUGUACACAACUACAAACCAAGGGGAAAUUAUUUGAAAAAACCAGUAGUUACAACAAGUAAAGAACCGAAGGUGCCUUUGCAAACAGUGGACUCCACACUCCGUGUGCCAUCUCCAGAAGGUCCUGGUAGCACCCCAGCUGGUCAGAGACAGCACCAGUUGCCACCAGGAGCUGUAGGUAAAGAUGAAGAUAAAAAGGACGAUUCCUCUGCUGAAGCUUCAAAGGACAACAAAGAAGUUAACUGUGAUGAGAUCUGUGUGUUCUAUGUCUGGAAGUACUGCAAACAUAAGGAUAAAUGCAAAUCUGUUCAUUACCAUUUGCCAUAUAAAUGGGAGAUGUAUGAUGGGAUCAUCUGGAAUGACCUUUCCAUGAUGGAGGAAAUUGAAAAGGCCUAUUGUGACCCAAAAAACAGCAGCAUGGCAGACAGGAACAUUAACUUUCAGACAAUGACCUGCUAUUCUUCUCCAGUUCGGCGCCUCUCUACACCAUCAUCAGUCACGAAACCCACAUUUGUACUGACCACACAGUGGAUAUGGUACUGGAAGAAUAACCAAGACCAGUGGAUUGAAUAUGGAGAACAGGGAGAAGGGGACAGUGUGGACUCACCAUCUUCUGCUGUUCUUGAGAAUUUGUAUCAAGCAGAUCCAGAUGCCACCAUAUCUUUCCAGGCUGGUCAGCAUCAUUACAACCUCAAUUUUAAAGAAAUGAUCCAGACAAACAUUGCUUUUAAAACUCAAAGACAGGUCUGCAGGCGACCAAAAUUUGUGUCUUCUGAAGAUGUGCAGAAGAUAAAGAAAGGCCAGAGGGAUUCUUCUAUUCCAAAUCAAGCCUGUCCUAGCCACUGGGAUCAAUCUGCACUGCCUGACUUGGGAUACAAGGCAGUGGAGAUCAGUAGUGUGACCUCUGAGUACAACACAAUAAAGCAGCUGUUCCAUCAGACUAUGAAAACCUACAGCAUCCUUAAAAUACAGAGGAUUCAGAAUCCAUCCCUCUGGAAGGUGUUUCAGUGGCAAAAGGAGAAGAUGAAAAGGGAAAAUGGAGGAAAGGAAGUGCAGGAAAAGCUCCUGUUUCAUGGAACCAACACCACCUCCAUGGAAGCCAUCUGCACUCAGAAUUUUGACUGGAGAAUUUGUGGAAAAAAUGGAACUAACUAUGGAAUGGGAAGUUACUUUGCUAGAGAUGCUUCCUAUUCCCAUGCAUACUGUCAGGCUACGGAGAAAGGAAACAUGAUGUUCGUGGCUCGUGUUUUGGUUGGAGACUAUAUUAAAGGGAAUGCAGCCUAUGUUCGCCCUCCAAAAAAGUCUGUGGAUGGGCUUUGGUUUUAUGACAGCUGUGUGGAUGAUGAGUUAAAUCCUUCUGUUUUUGUUAUCUUUGAAAAACACCAGAUUUACCCAGAGUACAUAAUAGAGUAUAAGGAGGAUCAAAGAAGAUGUGUUAUAUCUUAGAGGGAUCGUGGCAGUUUAUAUCCCUCAUCUUGUUUUCCGUACUGCAGGUGUUCUCGUACUUAGUGACUUCUUUCUUCUUACUACAGUUCUUUGGAGUGUUAAUCCAAACAAAUUUUGCAUUGAGGAGGGCUGGCAAAACAGAUAUUAUACUUGAGACUGUCUUGUCUUUUCUUCUUCCUCUUUUAAAUGAAUCAUAGGCAUUUGGAUAACCAUAGCAGGAAAAUCAGAAUUGUGGGAUGGGAAAUUGAAUGUUAUCACUUCUGUGGGCAAAUAACUGUAAGUGCAUUGUCUUAAAAAUAGAGAGGAUUUCUCUUUGUGAACAGUUACAAGAAAAAUUACCAGUACAGCAGUUUUUAAGGAAGCUCUCAGGUUUUUAUAGAGAUUCUUUUCAGUGCAGAAUUCAUCUGUUCUUGAUCCUCUAAUCUGUAAUUACUGUAAACAGCUCAGUGUAGGUGAGAAUGAUGACUUUGUUUUCAAAACACUGCUUGUUAAUGCUGAUACAAGUUUUGAGUUCAAAUGGUAAAAAAAAAAAGCCUAUAUUAAAGUCCAUGCCGUUAAUUCUUGAGCAGAAAAUUUUCAUCUGUACAAUGACAAGACGGAUCAGAAAGUUUUUGGAUCAAAUUCUUACGGAGAUCUGCAGUAACUUGUUUUGACCUCUACAAAAGCAGAGCUCAACUGAAGCUGUGAAAGCCACAACCUAUGAAAUUUGAGGGUUUGGCUGCAGCUAAGGGCUGUAAGGGUACGAAGGCUGUGUCCCAACGAGCCAGGCUUUGCCGUGGAUGUGGCCACAUAGUUUCUCAAUGCGAACACUUGCUUUGCGAAUGUGACAGGACAGAAGAAACUUCUUAAGGAGCAUUGAGGUUUUCUGUCCUAUCUGUCUGCGUCAAUUUUCGUUUUUCCAGAUGUAGGACAUGAUUGGAAGAGACCAGUUAUGUUCUCUGAAGGCCAGUGGUAGAACUGCUGUCCUAAGACAUUUUGUAGCCCAUGUUGCACUGGGCAACACGCUGACAAGUGAGGUUCUUCUUAGUGUUUUGAGGUAGCUGUGGGUUAUCCCACAUACUGCUUUCCUGGCUCUACUUUGGAGAAACUCGCUUUCUCAGCGAUGUAUAACCCUAACUACAGUGGCUGAGCCCUUUUUUGCAGUUAACGUGCUUUUCGUUGUUCCCAAAACACCCCACCAGAAACUUGUGCAGAGUUUCUACUGGAUUCUAAUAAGCGGUCUGUGAGUUGAUGGAACUGAAAACCCUCUGUACAAAGAUGUCUUAUUCAGGCAGUCUAGCUGUUAAGAGGGAAACUGUUGGUGAGGACAGAGGAGCAAUAAUUUUUACUUUCAGAUAAGCUUUACAGUAACACCAACAGCCUUCCACUUUUUUGCAUCUUGAUACCAAUCUGUUAACCACUCAAAGAUUGCAAGUUCCCAAGAGGAUGGAAAGAGAUAAACCCAGAAAAUCUUAUUAAAAUGAUUGUCUUAGAACUAAAUGAAGACGUGUCAGUAAAGCAUUAAAAGGGGAAGAUUUUGCCACUUUUUAAGAUGUCUCUCGUUUGUCUGUAGAGUUCCUGAAUCACUGACUUUGCUGUAUUUGCAAAUAAAAUCUGUUUUCAGUCA